UUGUUUAUAUGUUAUAAGUUGUUAUAACAUGUGGUGUCAUAUUAUGUGAAUGUUAAUGUUAUCAAGAAUAAGAGCAUAAGAGAUUUUUAGUGUAUCUAACGAACAAUAGUUCGGUUCAUGUGUCGCGAAAUGAGCGAUUGUGAUAAACACUUCCGCAGUUUCGUAGUCAUAUAGAAAACAUUGACAAUAUCCCAUAAACCGAUAAGAAAGAGCUAAGAGGGAAAUAAUUUUUUCUUUGUACAUUCAUAAAUAUUGUAAAUGUGGCAUUGACUCGACGACACAAGUGAUUUUCUUCAAGAGAGAAUAUUCAGUUAAAGUUUUUGUUUUAAUGUAUUUUAUUGAGUUUCUUUGUAUACUUUGUAAGAUAUUAAAAUGAAAACAUUUUCGGGUCUGUUGUUUAUUUCAAGUGUACUGUUAGCGCUUAGUUCUGUAUGUGAAGGUGGUAGGCCAAUUAGAAGAAAUCGGUCCUCUUGUCCGGUCCCGAAAAUUAACCAUGGAACAGUUCGAUUACAAAAACGAGGGCGUAUGGUUUAUUUCUUUUGUGAUUCUGGCUUUGAAAUACAUGGAUCCAUGGGUGUUUUGUGUACCUCAGGACGAUGGAAACAAGAAAUGCCAAUUUGUACAAAGGCUGGUUGUGAAUCUCCACCGAAAAGACAAAAUGGAUGGGUUAUGCUCGACGCAAAAAAGCAAACAUCUAUGUUAUUUUGUCGCGAUGGAUAUGUUGCUGCCCAUGCUACGAUUGCUUAUUGUGAUGGAAAAGACUGGGACAGAGAAUUGGGCUUCUGGUUGGUAUAAUAAGUACAAAACACUUCUUUCGAAGUUCCCACUGUGGCGCAAUACUGUAAAUCUGUA